ACCAAACAUGGAUCCACCCCCAUACACCUCACGCGACGAGAAUGAGACCCUCCCCGCAGCAAUCCUCACCCUCUCCGGCACAUCCAUAACCGCCGAAACAGACGGGCAAGAAGAACAGCAUAAACCCGCCUACCAACUAAGCAGAGACAUCCUCACCCCAACCCCAAACAAUCAAAGCUCAAGUUCAAACUCAAGCUCCUCAGUAUCCUUCAACCGAAUAGACCCCAUCUCCCACCACAUCGCGAAAGAUCAAAAAGACUCACCAGAAACCGCCCCCAAAACACACAUCUUCUACCUCGCGCACCCGCCCUGCUCACCUAUCAAGACCAAAGCCCACCAACCAGCCUACUACGCGACCUGUCUCCCCACUGUAAAACCAGUGGGAAACAUCCAACUCACACCGGCUAAAGCGCCCCUCCAUCUCCCGCAGAAACCAGAGUUCAAGGCCCUGCUCAGCUCAGGCCGGACCUACGCCGAUCAGCCCCUCUUCAACGAGGACCCAGCACAGAGGGAGGUUCUCUUCCACGCGAAACCCAAGUUGAAGGGUCUCCGCGCGCAGUAUCGCUGGGUGGGACGCGAUGGGGCGGUCCUUGCGCUGGAGGAGAGCAGCAGCGGCGCAGGCGGAAGGGGAGAGAAGCGGAGGCUGCACGUUCUUGUUCCUUUGAGUCGGGCGUUGAGGGAUGCGCUGGCUGCGACGUGGAUGCUGCGGAUCUGGUAUGAGAAGAUGGAGAGCUCUGAGGCGAGGAGAGAGGCGCUGGAAAAUAUGAUACCCCCAGAAGCAUAUCUGAAUUCAGUCGCGGACACGAAACUAGGAAAGAGAGCAGGCGCAUUGGGUGGAUUCGCAGCGGGCGGAGGUGCUUAA